AUGCCCGAGGCACGAACCCAGCAGAGUCCCCUCGCCUCAGGACGAGGGGCAGAGACCCAAGGAACUGCCACUGCCGAUGCCGGAAAGGCCGGUAUCAGGUUUCCAAACAACCUCUUCCCCCUAGGAUACAAGGAGGGGUUCAGCCAAUGGUGGACCGCUGUAUCACCAGCAGCCGCCGAAGCCGCUGUCUUGGGCUUUUUGCCAUUCAACAAAAAGCCUCUUCCAGCGCUCACGCCCAGUGACGGUAAUGCCGCCGCCACCGCCUCGCCACCCACGGCAGACCCAUACGGUCCCCGCGAAUGCGCAUCCAAUAUGGUGCCACUCUCGGGCAAGAACCGCAUCAUGAACGAGUUCAGCGUGACCCGCACCGGCGAGGGAGAGCCGAAGCACCAUCUUGUCAUGCUCCACGGCUACGGCGCUGGGCUCGGCUUCUUCUACCGCAAUUAUGACAUGCUGUCGCGGCGCGCUGGAUGGAAGAUCUGGUCCCUGGAUCUUCUGGGGUACGGACGCAGCUCGCGGCCCCCCUUCUGUAUCAGCUCAAAGGACACUGAGGGCAAGAUCACCGAAGCCGAGGAUUGGUUUAUCGAUGCCCUGGAAGAAUGGCGGAAGAUCCGCAAAAUUGAAAAAUUCACCCUGCUGGGACAUUCGUUCGGAGGGUACUUGUCUGUGCGAUACGCACUCAAGUACAAGGACCGGGUCAACAAGCUGAUCUUGGCCUCGCCCGUCGGUGUCCCCGAGGACCCCUAUGCCGUCCGCGAAGACCUCCCAGACGCAGCGGCAAAAUCAAACCUGCAAGACGAGUACAUGCAGACGCAGGAGGAAGCCACCCGCUCAAACCCCAACAUUCCCGACACCCUCAAGGUUCCCCACGACCCCGGAAACAACACGCACUCCCGCUCUACCACAGACCUCCCCUCCUCCUCCACCACCACCCCUGCCUCCAGCACCCCCGCCGCAAAGCCAAACGCAAAGCCCCGCAGGCCGCUCCCCAAAUGGCUCGUCUACCUCUGGGAAGCCAACAUCAGCCCCUUCAGCUUUGUCCGCUGGUCGGGCCCUCUCGGCCCCCGCCUCGUCUCCGGCUGGACCUCGCGCCGCUUCUCGCAGCUCCCCGCCGAAGAGAGCACCGCGCUCCACGACUACGCAUACUCGCUCUUCCGCCAGCGCGGCAGCGGCGAAUACGCGCUCGCAUACGUGCUUGCCCCCGGCGCGCACGCGCGGCGCCCGCUCAUCUGGGCGGCGCAGAAGCUGGUCGGCACGCCGAGCGUGUGGAUGUAUGGCGAGAUGGACUGGAUGGAUAUUGCCGGGGGCUUUGCGGCGGAGGAGAAGAUUCGCAGUACGCCGAUCCCGGAGGAGAAGGCGGCGGGGUAUGUCGGGGGUGAGGAGUGGAGGGGCGAGAAGAAGGGGAUGGGCGGGGAGGCGAAGGUGCAGAUUGUGAAGAGUGCCGGACAUCAUUUGUAUUUGGAUGGGUGGGAGGAGUUUAAUGAGCUGGUGGGCGAGGAGAUGAGGGAUGUGGAGGUGAGGGAGGGGACGAGAUCUAGGGACUGA